AGUUUCAAUCGUAUGGCCAAUAUAUUUUACAAUAUUUAUACCCACAAAGUUCUAAAACCCUACUGACUGAGUUCACCGGGUUUAAGGGCAACAGAGGUUUAAAGAUGGCUUUGUUCAAUAGAAUUGGAAAUAUGCUUAAACAGAGUGUAAGCAGACACACGAAUUUGGAACUGUGUGCCUCUAGAACCUCACUUUACCAGGCUAUAAGAAGCAUGUCUUCUUCAAAGCUUUUUGUUGGAGGUCUCUCGUAUGGCACUGAUGAAACCUCUCUGCGAGAGGCAUUCUCCCAACAUGGUCAAGUGAUUGAAGCUAGAGUUAUUUUUGAUCGCGACACUGGGAGAUCUAGAGGGUUUGCUUUUGUUACUUAUACAUCUGCUGAAGAAGCAUCAAGUGCCCUGAGUGCCUUGGAUGGCCAGGAUCUCCACGGGAGACGGAUAAGGGUGAAUUAUGCCACAGAAAAGCGUCCUGGAGGAUUUGGGCGUGGUUCUGGUGGUGGAGGUGGAUUUAACUAUGGUGGGGGAGCUGGAGGUUACUCAUCUGCCAAUUAUGGAGGUGGUGGUAACUAUGGUAGCAACAACAGUUACCCUGCUGGUGGUGGCAAUUAUGGUGGGGAUAGUUUUGGGGCUAGACAUGGUGGUGGGAGUAGUGGAAAUUACAACGCUGGUGUUUCCGGUAGUAAUGAUUUCUUCAACAACUCUGAAUUCGGUGGGAGCCCUGGGACCUCGCACAAUGGUGGCGAAGAACAGCCUAGUGCAGACCAAGGGACUGAAUCUGUAAACAAUGAUUUCACACCAGGUGUAGAAGGAAGCCACAGAGAUGACAAUGAUGAGCCAAAUGACUAUGCCAACUCAAGGGGUUGACAAUAAAUCCUAAUAUGCUAUUCACCAACUUUGGCUUUGAUGAGUACAUGUUCACAAGAUGUGUUGAGUUAAAGAAAGUAUAUUCUAUUUCCAGCAGGGUUGCUACUGGUUGUAUGCUUCAUCUAGUUUAAUCAAUCUGUAGGAUUAUACUCUACUCGUUUCAUAAUUUCUUCUUUCUUUUGAAAGUGUGCUUAAGUUCAUGGAGCUCUCCAAGUACUGAUUUUGUUCAAUGUACAGUGCUGAAUCGUUUGCUACUCUUCGUUUCUUUUAAGGCAUUUGUGAUGACUUUCUUGA